GAUGGGCAAAUGGGCUUUUACUCGAUCGUUGUGCUGUGAGUAGAAUAUAAUGUUGAAGGCAGCUUCCCUCAGAUCGUGGAGUUCGGCUAUGGCUUACGCUCCCUUGCGACGAAGUCUCCACGUAUCUCGCCCUGCAUUGAUUGAAAAGGCAGCCAGUAACUUCGAUGCCGACGCAGCUGCUAAAAGAUUGAACAUCACCUUCGAAACCCCUGGCAUUCUCGCACAAGCAUUAACGCACAAGAACUUCCGCAACGGAACUGUUCCUAACAAUGAGCGUCUUGUGCUCUUGGGUCGCCGUGCCCUCGAAUUGUUCACCACAGAGACUGCCGUUCAAAAGUUCGGUGUCAACGCUCCGUCGUCUGCUAUUUCGGACUACAUCAAGCAGUACUCUUUACGACAUGGUGCGGUUUUACCAGACGCUUUCGACAAGUUGGACCUGGAAGCUGGUGUGCAAUGUGACAAUAAUGGAACCACUCAGGGUACUCCGUCUUUGGUCAAGUCAAAAGCCAUGUCCGCAUUAAUAGGCGCGGUGUAUCACGACAAGGGACUGCAAGCAGCAAGAGAAUUUGUAAAAACUCAUUUAUUGAAGUAGAUCAAAACACACACCAUGUAAUAAACGUAAAUAAACAAUCAUUAGACACGAAUAAGCUGGGUACCGGGAAUCCGUGAGGAUGGUAUGGCAGGACAUUGCGUUAACCGUUAAAAAAGGUCACUAAUUCCUACAUCAACAUCACUCAAU